GUUCGUAAUAAAAAUUCGAAAACGACUACUUUCAUUAUGUCAUUGUGAAAAUUUAACGAACAAUGAGGAAAAAAUGAAGUUCAGUGUUUUAUUUUUUAUUAUUUCCUCCGUUUUUGCGCAUGUCGAGGAAGCGAAUCGAAUAAAGCGCGGCGCCACUGGUGCGCUACACAUAGUGACCAAUCAUGCACAACCAAUACACGCUGACGUCAAAUCUGAAGCGCCCACGGAGCAUACUGAGAAAACUGGUGAACAGGCGUGCAAAAGUAAAGGUCCAGAUCAUAUUGAACCUGGAGUAGGAUUUAAGGUAACAUCGCCUGAAGACGCAAUAACAACGUAUGAAAUAAAAUCUUUGAGAAAAUCUCUCAUUAUCACGCCGCCGACAACCCUAACAUUAAUACGAAGCGUCAGUAGGGUUGUCACUCUCCUAGUACUGUUUAUGUCGGCCAUCUUGGAAUUCUAUCCUACGUUCAGUGGAUUGAUUUGCACAAUUUUUAGCUUUAUGAAUACGAAAUAA